UUCAGAAAACCAAAACCAUUCCAGAAUUUGUUCCGUUCUCUGGAGCAGACAAAAAAUGGAAUCAGACCCACGCAGGAUACACGCUCGAGUCAUCAAAACCUACAACGCCGGCACCUCUGAGUUCCGUUUCCAGCUCAACAAUCUGAUAACUCUCUACAUCAACUCUCACCUCCUCCCCAACGCCGUUCGUCUUUUCCAACAAAUCAAAUCCCCCAAUGUCGUCUCAUGGACAACCUUCAUCUCCGGCCACUCCAACACUCCCGCCGCUCUCAGCCACUUCGUCUCCAUGCUCCGUCACCCCACCCUCCCCAACCAGCGCACAUUAGCAAUUGUUCUCAAAACCUGCGCUUCUCUCCAUGCUCUUUCCUUUGGACUCCAGCUUCAUGCUCUCUCUAUCAAACUCUCACUUGCAAUCGAACCCUUUACCGCCUCAGCCCUUAUCCAUUUUUACUCGAAAACCCAUCUUCCCAAUAACGCCCAAAAAGUGUUCGACGAAAUUCCUCACAGAGACGCGGUUUGUUUUUCCUCUGUAAUCGUCGGGCUCGCCCAGAACUCAAAACCCAUCGAUGCUUUAUCUUAUUUCGCUGAAAUGAGAGCUUCUGGGUUUGACUCCACCGACUACAGCGUCUCUGCUGCAUUGCGUGCGUCAGCAGAACUAGCUGCCUUAGAACAAUCUAAGAUGAUUCAUGCCCAUUCUGUCGUCACCGGCCUUGAUUCAAAUGUGAUUGUCGGAACUGCUUUGGUAGAUGGAUACGGGAAAUGUGGAAUGGUAAACGAUGCACGUUUGGUGUUCAAUGAACUUGUUUCAAUCUUGAAUCUCAUAGGGUGGAAUGCAAUGAUGUCAAGCUACGCACAACAAGGGGACAAAGAUUCAGUCAUGGAACUCUUUUCAUCAAUGGAGCAUCAUCAAGGUCUUGUACCCGAUCAAUACACUUUUCUCUCUAUCAUGACAGCAUUUUGCAAUGCGGGUUUGGUUGAUGAAACAGAACGAUGGUUCAGAAAGAUGGAAUCAGAAUACAAACUGGAACCAUGGAUUGAACAUUACACAUGUUUGGUAGGUGCAAUGGGUAGAUCUGGGAGGUUACAGGAAGCUAAAAAGAUUGCUUUAACAAUGCCAAAUCAUAAACCCGAUGCUGCAAUGUGGAGGGCAUUGUUGUCCACUAGUGCACAUCAUGGUGAUAUAGAAAUGGUCAAAGAAAUGAGUCAAAGGCUACAAGAACUCGACCCACAAGAUGAUUCUGCUUAUGUGAUUGCUGCAAAUGCUUUUUCUAGUGUUGGAAAGUUGGAGGAAGUGAAAACUGUGAGAAAAUUGAUGAGAGAGAGAAGGGUGAAAAAGGAAGGUGGGUUGAGUUGGAUAGAAGUUUGUGGACAAGUUCAUGUCUUUUUAGCAGGAGAUCGUAGACAUGAAAAGACAAACGAAAUUUACAGAAAGUUAUGGGAGUUAAUGGAGAAGAUAGUGAAGUUAGGGUAUGUGCCUGUUUGGGAUGACAUGUUGCAUGAAGUAGGGAAAGAGGAGAAGAUUGAAGCACUUUGGAAUCAUAGUGAGAAAUUGGCGUUGGCGUUUGGACUGGUUGCUGAUGUGGCGCCACGUGGCAAGGCGUUGAGGAUUGUUAAGAAUCUAAGGAUUUGUAGGGAUUGUCAUGAGGCGUUUAAGUAUAUUAGUAGAGUGGUGGAGAGGGAGAUUAUAGUGAGGGAUGUUAAUAGAUAUCAUAGGUUUUUUGAUGGUGGUUGUAACUGUGGAGAUCAUUGGUGAUUUGUGCAUAGUUUUUUUUUUUUUCAAAGAAUUAAAUAUCUUUCAAGAAUGCUUAUGAUAUUGUUCGUAUGGAUUUAUGGGUCUUUAUAAAUAUAUUGAUAAGGAAAAGAGUGAGGGAACAUCCCUGGCCCAGCCCAAGAAUGGAGAAUCCAAUGAGCCCACAACCUGGAAGGUGUACAAGAGGAGGCAAAAAGAAUGACAGCUUCAUGGUGUCUCCACUAUGACUAAAGAGAGAGAAAAGAGGGUAGUUUAUUUGAAAAGAGCGCAAUAGUAUCUUUUCAGUUUUUGUCUUGUUUUAUUUUGUCUAGUAUGAAUUUCGGCUUUUAAAGCUUGGGCAGGAAGAACCCUAGACUGAUUAUCCUUUCUAUCAUUGAAUACAAUUAAGCAUUUGGCUCUCAAGCUGAUGUUUCUGAUGUUCCAUUGUUUCUCUUUCUGUUUUCCUUGGCUUGUUUCUUAUCAAUUUGGUUCCAUUUGUUGGGAAAUCAAACUCGUCUACCCUUCCUUCCACCAUGGUACAACCCACCGAAACCCGGUUGCAAACCACAAUCAACUCCCAUGAAGGUCAACAUCCAGAUGAAGGAGUUAGCAGGCUCAGACUAUGUAGAAUCUACUGACCGACGUACCCACGUCCAUGGAGAAGACGAUGGAGAGGAUGAUAGCCAACAUAAAAACCACAUCUUCAACACCCUACAAGCAGACCGACGUGUCCGUCAUCCGAAAUCCAACCUUAGACUCCACCUCCGACACGACAGAAAAUCCCCUUAUCAUCACCCCAUGGCAACCCCACCCCCAAAAAAAUGAUGAAUCAUUAUUCUCACUUCCCAAGGUCAAACUUCCUACCUUUGAAGGGAUAGAUGCUCGUGGCUAGGUAGGAAGACUGAACUAUACUUCCACAUUCACAAGACUCCUUUCGAUCAGCAGUUGAAUCUUUCCCAAAUGUGCACGGAUGGGUCUACAUUUCAUUGGUAUACCAACCUUAUGAUUCGAUACCCCGAUACCACGUGGGAGUAGUUCUGAUUGAAGCUCAUGAUCCUUUCAGUGCUACGAAGUAUCGUAACGCGCAUGAAGCACUUGGUUUGUUGUUCCAAGAGGAAGAUGUGGAAGAGUAUAUUGAAGCUUUUGAAGCCAUAUCUAUCUUAAUUCUCGAUCAAUUAGAGGAACAAUCGAUCGGUUGGUUCAUUAGGAGGCUGAAGAACGAAAUUCGUAAUUGAGUUCACACCUUGAGUCCUUCGUCAUGCGAUCAAGCUAUGGAAUAUGGUAGAAACAUCGAAGCGACAAUGGUGUCUUUCCGUCAACGCUCGGGUCCUACUCAAUUGGGCUCAUCCAUUACCAAGACUAUUGACUGACUUUCCAACUUAAAAUAUACCACUCCACCCAACUCAAAACCCACUUCUAUUUACGGAAUCACCAAUCCGACCCUUACCCGACCCUUAUAUAAACCUUUUGCUUCUAUUCGAACCCCAAAUACACACCAUUUGACUUUGCAAAAGUAGGAUGACAGGUGCAGGAAGGCAUUGUGUUUCAAGUGUGGGAUCAAAUACUCUCCCCCAUCACAUGUGUGCAGAUGGAGGGCUACGAGUACUCCUCCUUGCUGAUGGUGAGGCACUCGACGAUGAUGGGCACGUAUUUCACGUUGAUGUCGUCAAUGAGGUGGAAAGGAAUCAUCUAUUGAAGGAGAGCCUCUCUCUCUCUCUCUCUAGGUGGAUCUCCAACGAUUCCAACCCUACCUUGUCCACAAUCAAGUUUGCAUAAGUAAUAAAUGACAUACCAGUCUUAGUUCUAGUAGACAGUGGGGCUUCACACAAUUUCCUCUCUAAACGAUUGGCUAUUUCUCUAGGGCUAAUCAUCCAACCUAUUCGUCAGAUUAACAUAAAAAUGGAGGACGUUAGGAGGAUUUGGAUGUCCAAACAAUGUAAGGUGGUUCCAAUCAAGCUUGGUUCUUUUUCUUCUAGUGUCGACGCCUUGGUAAAUGAACUUAGCUCCUUAGACAUGAUCCUUGGAAUUGCUUAGCUAGGAACGUUGGGCGAUGUGCUAUACAAAUGGGCCUCCUUCCGGAUACAAUUUUGGAAUAACGGUUCUCUCCAGGGGAUCUCUCCCACUCAUGUGGGACUAUCCUCCGUUCUUACUAAUAUUAAGGCCCACUCCGACCACCUCUUUAUAGCCGAUGCAUCAUCGACAUUAUCUAUGGCUCACCAAACCAACUUGAUGAACUCAUUUAGAGAUUUUAUGCUUUGUUUUUAGCUCCAAAAGGCAUCUCACCAUCCCGAUCAAUCGAACACUCCAUCAAUUUACUUGAAGGGCUUGGACAUGUUUUUGUGCAUCCAUACGACACCCCCAUCUACAUAAAGAUGAGAUCCAAAGACAAGUCUAAGAGACGCUAGAUCAGGGAAUUAUUAGACCUAGAAAAAAGUGCCUUCUCGAGCUUAUGAUCCUCAUAAAGAAAAAAAGUCGCUUCUUAGAGGCUAUGCAUCGAUUAUCAUGCCUUGAACCGAGCCACAAUACUUGAUAAGUACCCCAUUCCCGUUGUUGAAGAGCUCAUUGACGAACUCCACAAUAGUUAUUUCUUCUCCAAGAAUGACCUCAAAUCGGGAUUCUUGUGAGUUUGUGAAAAGGACGUUGAGAAAACAACGUUUCGCACCUACAACGGUCAUUACGAAUUCCUCGUAAUGCCGUUCGGGCUCACCAAUGCCCCCACAACAUUCCAAGCACCGAUGAAUAGCAUCUUCCGACAUUAUUUCAGAAAUGGAGUUGUGGUAUUUUUAAACAAAAUUCUAGUGUAUAGUAGCACAUAGGAUGUGCAUUUAAAUCUUCUCUUUGAGGUUCUUUCAAUUCUCCAGGCACAUCAGCCGGUCAUCAACAAGAAAAACAACACAUUUGGAAAUCAUUCAAUUGAGUAUUUAGUGUUGAAUCUAUAUGCCACAACCUUUUGGGAAUAA